CAUCAUCUCAAGCAUCAUUCGUCCUUUGAGCCUCUUCGGUUUCAAUCCCACACUCGUUCAAACAAACGUUCUCGCCCAAGUCACUCGCUUUUGACCAGCUACCCUCAUUCCUUGCAAAGCAUCUUGCCUUUCGUACCUCUUUCGAAACAACCCCUUUUUUCAAAGAAACCAACCAACAAAACCUUCAAAAUGUACGCCCAGAACGCCGUCGUCCUUGCCCUCGCUGGCCUUGCCGCUGCCCAGACCACCACCACUCCCGGUCCCGUCCCUGUUCCUACCGGCUCUUCCAACGGUACCAUCACCGUCACCAAGGUGUAUGACGUCUACACCACCUACUGCCCCGGCCCCACCAGCUUCGUCUUUGGCGGCAAGGACUACGUCGUCACUGAGCCUUGCACUCUGACCAUCACCGACUGCCCCUGCACCGUCGUCGAGACUCACGCUCCUACCUGGAUCCCUCAGCCUCCUCCCGUCGUUCCCGGCUGCCCCGGUGGUGACCACUGCGUCGAGCACCCCAAGAACCCCGGCUACCCCGGCGUUCCCCAGAAGCCCGGAAAGCCUGUUCCUGGCCACCCCCACGCUCCUGGAUGUGAGGGCGAUGAGUGCGAGUACCCCGAGAAGCCUGGCAAGCCCGUCACCCCUGAGCAGCCCGGAAAGCCCGUCACUCCUGAGCAGCCUGGAAAGCCCGUCACUCCUGAGCAGUCUGGAAAGCCUGUUGUCCCCGAGCAGCCUGGAAAGUCCGUCACUCCUGAGCAGCCUGUCAAGUCUGAAGCUCCUACUUGUGAGGGUGAUGACUGCGCUCCCGUCAUUGUCAACGGUGCCGGUGCCAUCCAGAUCAGCCUCGGUCUCGCUGCCGUCUUCGGUCUCUUUGCUCUGUAA